AUGUCAAAAAUAAUAUUUUUAAAUUUAAUUUUAAUAAUUCUUUUAAAUUCAAUUUCUUGCACUUUUUGUAUGGAUACAAGUCCUCCACGUAAUUUCCGUGCAGCCACUUGUCACCAUUAUAAAUCUGAGGAAGAUUGCCUAACCCCUCGGAUUGUUGGCCAAAAAUCUUCUGGAAGUUGGUGCCAAUGGACGACCUUGUAUGGAUAUCAGAGUUGUGAAUGGUCCCCAGAAAGUAUUACAACACAUUUUUGCAGACCAUCCAAUUAUUGCGGAGUAAAUAAAUUGGAACUUAAGAUUAAAAAGAGGAGAUCGGCCUAGAUUUGGAUUUUUCUGGAUCCAGAGCCCUUUUCUGGAUCUGGAUUCAGCCCUUGAUCCAGAGUAACGAUCAAGGAUUUUAUAAAUGUUUUUUGAUUUUCAUUGACCUUAAUUUUCCCUUAACCUUGAUUAUUCCAUGGCUUAAGGUCAAGAAUAUUGUCAAGGUCCUCCCUCAACCACAACCAAAAACCAAGGUCCAGGUUUUUUUAAAUUUCCGAUCUUAAAUUCUUUUAAUUUUCCUCAAAAUUUUCAGGGUCCUUUUUGUUAUCUCUACGACGUAUAAUUUAAAAUUUUAUUUACCGUCUCUAACAAUAAAUUUAAAAUUUUUAAGGGUAAAUGUAUAAGUGCUCCUUUAAGUUGCUUGUCACGCGUAACUCACACAAGCUGUGAAAAAUCGGUGGUAUUAAACGGGAAAUAUUGUCGAUGGUAUAAUGUAAGUUUGUGUGUGAAUCUAA